AUCGUCGUCAUUUAUUGGCUUUUGGCUCUAAUGCAAACUACUAACUCAUACCCAAGUCGGUGCGUUUGUACUUCGCUGGUUCUAAGAUCACCGGAACUGCUAGUCAACUGUUCCAAAGUCCCGAUGAGUGAAAUUCCUCAGGAUUUCCCAUUUAGAACUGUUCGUCUGGACUUGAGCAACACUAAUCUGACACACAUACCAGCAAGAGCUUUCACGUACUUACGGCAAUUGAAAACACUGUCUUUGAGCCAAAAUAAGAUAAGGCGAUUUCAUUCUGACACUUUUGUGGGUUUGGAAAAUUUGGCAUAUUUAGAUCUGUCUGGAUUUGGAGGUGAUUUUACGUAUGAUGCAUUGCCGGAGAAUCUUUUCGAAAAUCUUAUAAAUCUGCGUUACCUGAAUUUUGGACAAACAGACCAAGCGGUGCGGAUCGAUGAUAAUUAUUUGGACCGAACCCUUUCACAUCUUCACCGCCUUGAGCAUCUUGUGUUACCCUCAGUCGUCACUAAUGACGCUAUAUUUGGCAAAGGUUACUUAAACCUGACGUCUCUGAAGGUUUUAGAACUAGGAAAACGCCCUUGGCUUCCUUUGCUUCGUAGAAACGUUUUUGAAAAUUUACUAUAUUCUCCCAUCGAAAGGUUGUCGAUGGUUGACAAUUCAAUUGGUGAUAUAGAACGUGGAGCGCUAUCUUAUUUUCCGAAAUUACGUGCGGUUGAUCUUUCCUGUCAGAAGUUUAUUUCAACGGAAACACUAGAGAAGACAUUGUGUGAGUUCCAAAAUGCGUCAAGAAUUGAAACAAUUAUCGCAAACUCAAUGUUUGAGAUACACCAUGGGGCUGUAAAGGAAGGAGAUGGUGAAAGAGACGUGCAUAUAUCAUCUGAAUUCCUCCGGUGCCUUGAGAACUCAAAGCUCCGCACGCUGGAAUUGGUUCAUGACAGGAUAUCCUCACUAGACAUACAGUUUCUGAAAUAUUUGCCGUAUUUGGAGUAUUUAGAUAUAUCUCACAACAAUUUGCUAACUGUUAAAAGGGACAAAAAAAUUAUUCAUUCUGGCGACGCAUUCAUACAAACAUCACUAUCUUUGAUGGCGAGUAUGAGAUAUUUCAGAGUAGACUAUAACAUCAAGAGUACCAUAAAUUCUCCACCUUGCCGACCGUCAUAUGCACUGUGGAACGACCGGCCACCAAUGAUUUUGCCAGACACAAGGUCACCACCCAGUCAAGCGCCAAAUGAAUCCCAAGCGGACCUCGAGUAUAAAAUGGAUUUCCCCGUCCUUAAACUUACAAUACCGCCGAACAUGGAAUACAUAUCUGCAAAGUCCUGGCCUUCUGAUGGAUUCCAUGGUGGCUGUGCAAAGGGCAGCGUUUAUGUCUAUCCUAAUCGUUUGAGAUAUCUUGAUUGGUCAGAAAACCAAGGACUACACAGCCCCUGGGUGUGCACAAAUAUUUAUGGAUUAAAUAAGUUAGAAUAUUUUGAUAUUUCUAAUAACGGCUAUGAAUCAUUCCCGCUUGAUUUCUUUGCAAAUUUCCGAGCUCUGCGAUACUUGUAUCUUGGGCGAAAUAAACUCGGGGCAUCAAUCAGAGAGAAUCGGUUGCGAUUUUCAAACUUGACCCAUUUAGGAAUUAUUGAUUUAUCAGCAAAUGACAUUGAUGAAAUACCGAAUGGAGUUUUUCAAGGACUUGUUUCUCUAAAACAUCUAAUUCUAAGGGACAAUGCAAUCGUAAACAUGUCAACAGACUUAAACGCGCUUUUAGCUUUGGAAUAUUUAGAUAUAUCAAAUAACAAAUUGAAGUAUUUACCAAAACCGUUAAUGGAAUCUCUUGAUAUCGUCAAAAGGCCUUUUCAGUUAAACAUAACUAACAACCCAUUUGACUGCGAUAGUUGUGAUGCAAUAGAUUUCAUCAUUUGGACACAACAGACUAAUGUUACUUUUUUGAUGGAUUUUGACAAAUACCCGUGCAUAGGACGAGGUAACGCAUCACACAGUUUCGAUCUGUCUUCAUUAGUUCACAGAUGCAGCAAGGCGGAUGGCACGGUGAAGCAAGCUCACAUCUCAGCGGCAACACUUGCAGGUACGAUAAUCCUUGUUUGUGUAACAAUACCAGCAAUGGUUAUGGCAUACGUGUACCGAUGGAAUAUUAAAUACAGACUGUACGUUUUCCGCCGGAAGCUUCGAAAACGUAAUGACAAUGGACCCUGUGGCCACGUGUACAUUUCAUACGACGCGGAAAACUUUGAUUGGGUGCGAACCGUGCUGGUGGAGCGUUUAGAAAAUCACCACGGUCUUGACACCAUCAUCGACCAACGAGAUUUCAUUGGCGGAGCUGCUUUAACUGAGGCGAUUGUUGAAGCUGUAGAUAACAGUAGAAAAACAAUACUUGUGGUGUCUACAGCUUAUAUUCAAAAUUCAUGGUGUGAGUUGGAGCUUCAGAUGUCUCUAGCCAGGGGUUAUCAUACUGUCAUACCUGUAAUGUUAGGAACUGUUCCCAUCGCUGACAUGAGCAGAACACUUAGAAAAUACAUUACAGUCAGAGGUUAUAUAAAAUGGACCGAGCAGGAACGGGGACAGCAGCUUUUCUGGAAAUUGUUAAUAGACGCCAUUAUGGAUAAAGAGAAUAAUAUAGAUUUGCACGAUGCUAAUCAAGAACCAUUGCUAUGAACCUAUGAAAAUUCAUUUUGAAUAUCUGGCGCUUUUAAGGGUAUUGCAAACCUUUAUUAUUAUCCAGAUACCGAAAAUAAGUUUUUCUUGCAUUUAAUUAUUCAACAAUUCAACUUUUUUAUUAAGAAAAAUUGCUGGCCGGAUUUUGAAGUAUUAAAUGGUGUCUCUAAAUUGGCGUUAAAGCAGGUUCGUGGGUGCUCAGGUUAAGGAGAAAUUUGAGAAACCGAUUUUCCCAUUUUUACCCCAAAAUCGCAAAUAUGACGUCCUCCGUAAGAUGACAUGCAUGACAGUGUUAAUUAAUUUAGUCACUGAACACUGAAGAUUUAUCUGUUAUCCAAGAGAAUGUAUGUAAGGUAGUAAAUAAGGAGUUUUAGGAAAAGGGUGACAAUAUCCUUAUGGAUAGAGAUAUGGAAUGUACAUGUAAUCAUUUACAUGUAGUUAACUCCCGCACCUGUUAGUUCAGAAAAAACGUAUAAAGAGUUAAUUCCUCUCUGCUAAAUAAACAAACGCGCGGGGUCUCUCUAAAGUAGUUAUUAGAGCCAACCAAGUUGAUGAGUAUCUUUAUGCGUUAGUUGCUCUCAUCGUGGUUUGUGCAACAUUAGAUUUAACAUCAUGUGAGCGUACUGAAUUUGCCUUAAGUAAUUGAAUAACGAAUAACUGCUUCAGUUGCGAUACGUGAUGAAACACAUUUAACACUUUGGAUUGCUUUGUCUUUGGCCCAGCAACCGCAUUUGUUCUAUAACGUGAUCGUGAUUGUCGAACCGAAGAAACAGACACCUGUUCCACUUUAUCCAAUAUAUAUAUUGGUUGAAUAUAUGUCUUGGUUACAGAAGAGUGAUUUGCAUAUCACAAUUAAA